CGACUCGACGCGAACGGCGACGCGCGCGACGCGCGAACGCGAGGGACGCCGACGCGAACGCGCGACGCGCGACGCGCGCGGGACGAGACGCGACGCGCGAGCGACGCGGACGCGCGAUCGACGACCGAACGCGUCAACACCCUUCGACGACCGCGGCGAGAAGAUGGCGCGCGGUGAGCGCGCGCCGCUGCUGGCGCGAGGCGAAGACGUCGAGCGCGGACUUCGCGAUGACGACGCGGCGAUCGGCGCGGCGGACGCGUCGAAAGGCGCGAGAGAGGGACGCGAGGGACGGGGAAGGACGCGGACGACGGCGCUGGCGCUGGGCGGAUGCGCGGCGCUCGCGAGCGUCGCGGCGUACGCGAUGACGGCGGGUUCGGGGUCGAAGGCGACGAUGACGGCGAGCGGUGCGAGCUUGGGGGAGCGAUUCGCGGCGAAUCGGGCGCAGAUGGUGGCGAGACGACGACAGGCGCGCGCGCGGGCGAAUCGUAAACGCGCGGCGAACGAGCGAAGGAUGAAGGCGGAACGCGAAGAAAAGGUGAAUGAGGUUUUGAUGACGCUCGCGAAGGAGAAGCCGGAAGACGCGAAGACGAUGGUGGAGAAUGCGAUCGAGCGAUGGGAGGCGAAGCAAGCGGCGCGAGCCAAGGCGAGCUUGGGCGAAGACGAACGGGCGCCGAAGCGGCGCGCGUCGCGUCGACGCGAACGACGCGAACACGCGCGCAGAAGCACCACGAAAGGACGCCGUGCUCACGUGGCCGAGGCGCGUAUGGGCGUGGGCGCUGAGACGUCGGUGGAGAGUCUGUCCCGCGGAGACGCCGCCGUGCGAGCCAAGGGUGAAGAAAAAAUUCGGCAAGUCGAGGACGAAUCCGAUGAGCUCAUCACUGAAAUCAGUUCUUCCGUGGUCAAGCGCGUAGGAAAGAUUAAGGCUGCAGCCGAGGCCGAAGGCUCGGAACAAGCGAGAGACGCCGCGCGAGCCGAGGCCGAGAAGUUUGUACAGGCGGCGAACGAACGCAUCGAACGCAUCGAAGAAAAGACGGCGACGCGCGUAUCGAUGAUCAAGGAUCUGACGAUGCAACACAUGUCGUAUGACGGUCGUAACGCGUACUCGGCGCAAGUGGGCCAGAGUGAGGUGGCCAACAUGGGUGAAUCCGAAACGAACGAUCCUGACUCCGCCGACGAGCAAGAAGACGACGAGGACGAGGACGAGGAGUUGGUCGAAGAUUUGCUGGCGGAUGGCGAACAAGAACAAGAAGAACAAGAAGACGCUGGUAGUGGCAAUCAGGUUGUGCCGGGGACGGCGACGGAGACGGAGACAGGGAGUGACGAAGAAGACGAGGCCAACGAAGCAGCCGAAGAAGAAGAAGAAGAUCAUGAGAUCAACAAGCUGUCCAACGUCGAACUCAUUCAGUUAUUGGAUGACAAACUCGAUAACCUGGAACAGAGUAACGAAGACUUCAAAUCGGCGAUUACUGAGCAAAUCGAAGGCUUGUCGACAAGAAUGUCUAACCUCGAGAAUUCAUCGGAGGAGCUGCAGGACGACGUCACGGAGAUGGCGCUCGACGAGCACUACGACAACGACGAGGACGGCGACGGCGACAGCGACAGCGACAGCGACGAGGACGGCGACGAGGACGGCGACGGCGACGGCGACGGUUAUCCCAGAGACGAGACCAUCGACGGCAACUACCCCACCGGGAACGGUAAAUAUCCCGCCGAUAGCAACGGCAACUAUCCCACCGCCCAAACCGUCACCGUCGAUGAAAACGCCUUGAGCAUCAGCGCGGUCAAUGACCAAAUUUCCAAUCUCACGGCGCAGCUUCAGAACGCCACCGCCGCCGCCGCGCAAGCGCAAGCGACUCAGGAACAAUUGGAUCAGACGCGAGCUGAGCUUGCGGCGGCGCAAGCGCAGCUUAACGCUCGUUACUUCGAUUUGGACGUUUUCCGUAGGCGUCCGGUCGGUCUCGAACCGGAUUUCCAAACCAGUGACCCGACCGCGGAAUCUGGCGCAUUUUACGCUUGCGACGUGCAAAAUCAAUGCAUGACGGGCGCGACGCUUUUGACACGUAAUAAUAAGUUGCUCGCGAUGAAGGGCGUGUGCGACAACGGCGCGAAGUCGACGGAUUUGUCUUCAGGAUCCUAUGAAAUGUUCCCGACGCACGGUACGAUUGACUUUUCGUCGACGGACACCGACAACGAGUGCACGAUGGAAUUCGGUGAAAACUCGCGGUCGGUUUGGAUUCGCAAGGAAAAUGAUUUUGUCAUCGCCAUGUCCAAGGACGGCUCCGCACACACGCGGUGUGGUCGCGAUGUCGCGAGCGCGUCUUCCAUCAAGUAUCAGUGCCAAAAUCCGAAAGCGUGCAUCACGGGAUAUCACAUCAAGAAUCAGUACGGCAACUUCGAUGGCGACGCGAGCACACGCACCGAAGAAGACUUGGCUAUAUCCGUCGUUGAUUUCGUGUGCUCCGACGGCAGUUUCGCCGUCGACCCGGUUUCACUGCGACCGGAUUACGGCCAAAUUAGAGUUGAACCAGAAUUUACCAUUGGCUUGGCGAACACGCCGCGAAAGGAUGGUUCGGUCAGGCGCACGGUGACGCCGUAUUUGCGACUCAAGACGAAUACGGUAGUGAGCGAUUCGUUUCUCUUGGCUGUUCGCGUCCGCGACGUGACCGCGUUGACCGAACAAGAGAAACACGGUUGGUGUACGCAACAACACGUGCAAGCGCACCUAAACGCUCCGCACACGUGCAAAGAUGGAAGCAAGCUGUGCGCGAAGCCGGCGUUUGUGUUCAACCCAGGCGGAUCAGAGUAUGAGUUGAAAUUUGGCGAACAGACGUUCGAUCUUCUCGACGCCCAAGCGCACGAAUCCGCGCGCAUCGUCGUUGAGAACGAAGACCAAGCAAACGACGCACGCGUCAAAAACUUUCCGAUGCCGGCGAAUGAGGAAUUCUUCAUGUUUGGUCAUCACUACGAAGUGUGCGUCGCCGCCAUCGAGCGUUCGAGCUUCAAAACUAAAAUCAUCGACCCAAGCACGGGCGCGGUGAAGGAUUCGUUCUACAAUCGCCACCUCGACGGUUCCGCGCACCUCGUCGGCUUGGCCACGACGGGCGAGCUCUCCGUCACCAUGGAAGGGGGACCGAGACACUUCAACAUCGUCGCUCCAGCGGCGCCGACGACCGCUGAUUUACAAAAUCUUCAGUGUUACGACAACGAUUGCGCCAUUUCGGGCGGUGUCGCCCCGGUGGUGAGCGCGCAGAGCCAAGUGUCGCCGCAACCGACGCCGCAACCGACGCCGGCGCCGCAACCGACGCCGCGACCGAACGACGGCGUCGCGACGCUCGCCAAGGAAUCCGCGCAGCAAAAGACGCACGUCACCACCGUCCUCGACGCGCGCAAAGCGCUCGAAGCGCGUCUCCAAGACGCGCAGCGGCGCCAUUAAAGUAGCCCCAUUAAAGUACCCU